AUGAGCAGAAGAAGUAGAAGAGGAAAGGAGGCAAUUGGAAUAGACUUGGGAACAACCUACUCAUGUGUUGCUGUAUGGAAGAAUGACCGGGUCGAAAUCAUACCCAAUGAUCAAGGCAACCGAACAACACCUUCUGCUGUUGCUUUUACUGAUGCUGAUUGUCUCAUCGGCGAUAGCGCCAAGAAUCAACUUUUAAUGAAUCCUACCAACACCAUAUUUGGUCAGUACAUUGGAAGGAAUUAUACUGAUUUCCAAGAGCAACAAGACAUUAAAUUGUGGCCUUUCGAGGUCAUACGAGGGCCUGGGGAUGCGCCAAAGAUUGUUGUCACCUACAAAGGUCAAAAGAAGGAAUUCAUGGCCCAAGAAAUUUCAUCUAUGAUUCUUGGAAAACUUAAAGCAACUGCCGAGGCCUACCUUGGGGAAGCCGUAGAAAAUGCUGUCAUAACAGUCCCGGCAUAUUUUAACGAAUCACAACAUCAAGCUACAAAGGAUGCGGGCACUAUUGCUGGCUUGAACGUCAUCCGCAUGAUCAAUGAGCCCACAGCAGCCGCCCUUACUUAUGGGCUGGACAAUAAAUUAUCUGGUGAUCAGGAGAUUAAUGUGCUCAUCUUUGAUUUAGGUAGUGGUACUUUUGAUGUCUCUCUAUUGACCAUUGAUCAGAGAGGGGGUCAUGACUUUAAGGUGAAAGCGGUUUCUGGUGACACUCAUUUGGGAGGUGAAGAUUUUGAUAACCUCAUGGUGGAUCAUUGUGUUGACUACUUCAAAAGGAGAUGGAAAAAUAAGGACUUGACAGGAAACCAAAGAGCACUGGGGAGGUUGAGAGCUUCUUGUGAGAAAGCAAAAAGGAUUCUCUCAUCCACUACUGAGACGUCCAUCGAAUUGGACUGCCUGCAUGAGGGGAUUGAUUUUUCUAUGAAAUUCACUCGAGCCAAAUUUGAAAAUCUCAAUAUGAGCAUGUUCAACAGCUGCAUCACAACCGUUGACAGGUGUUUAAAGGAUGCAGGGAUGGAAAAAUCAGGGGUAGAUGAGAUUGUUCUAGUUGGUGGAUCGACUAGGAUUCCUAUGGUCCAGUGUAUGUUGCAGGAAUAUUUUGAUGGCAAGCAGCUUUGCAAGAGUGUUAACGCUGAUGAGGCUGUUGCAUAUGGUGCAGCCAUUAUGGCUGCAAAGUUAAGUAGUGGUGGUACCAGUACCAGCUUAUGUCUUCGUGACUUGGUGCUCGUGGACGUCACUCCUUUGUCCCUCGGUGUUAGGGUAGCUGGAGAUGUAUUUAGUGUUGUGAUCCAGCGGAACACUUCGAUACCUUUUAAGCGGGAGGGUUAUCUCAUGACGAGCUGCGACGAUCAAUAUGCUCUAGAGGUUAAAGUGUAUCAAGGUGAAAGAGCCAGAGCUACGGAUAACCAUUUUUUGGGGAAGUUCAAAAUAUCUGGAAUUCCACCCGCUCCCAAAGGAGUUUCAAUCUGGACUUGCUUUGAUAUAGAUGCUGAUGGUCUCCUCACAGUCACGGCUAAGAUAGAAUCAACGGGUAAUACAGAACAACUCAUCAUUAAAAAUGAAAACAGAAGACUCUCCAUGGAAGGGAUCGAGAAGAUGAUAAAAGAUGCUGACAAGUACAAACACGAGGACCAAGAAUUUAAGAGGAGAGCGGAUGCAUACAUGGCAUUAGAGGAUUACUUAUAUGACUUGAAAAAUAUGAUGAAAACCUAUGAUUAUCAGGAACGGGCCAUGCACCCAAAUAGAAGAAAGAGAAUACAAAAUGCUAUUGCUUACACGACCACAUGGCUCCUGGAGAACCAAGCUGCAUGCCUAGAUGAGCUCCAAGACAUGAUGAUAAUGUUGAAGAGUAACAUACAACGAUUUACAACUGAAUCAACACGGAGAAAUCAAGAAACUGAUCCAAGAAGAGGAAAUGAAGAGGUGAGAAAUCAGGAAACUAAUCUUAGAGGGAAGAACCAGGAAACUGGACCAAGACAGAAAAAUCAAGAAACUGAACCAAGACCGAGAUAUCAGAAAAGUGAUCCAAGACCGAGAAAUCGAGAAACUGAACCAAGAGCGAGAAAUAAGGAAUCUGAUCCAAGAGGGGGGAAUCAAGAAACUGGACCAACACGGAAAACUCAAGAAACUGAACCAAGAUGGAGAAAUCAGGAAAGUGACCCAAGACCGAGAAAUCAAGAAACUAAUCCAAGGCAGAGAAAUCAAAAGAAGUUAAGCAGCUGGUUGGGAGGCUUAUUAUAUGGUUUGAAGGAUAGCAUUCAACGUAGGUUCUACUAAUAGAUAUAUGACACCCAAACAAAUUCUUUUGGAGCUAACUUGGUCUAUAUCUUUUGAUUUUCGUUGUUCAUUCGGUUAGGUUGUUUAAACAUACAUUUUUAGGAAUGACCCCUUAGGUUUGUGAUUAGAUCAAGGGGGCAUUAAUUUGGUUGUUAGCAGCAAGCUUUGUUGAUUAGUUUCACUAUCUAUCAAACU